AUGUUAAAACAAGAACUGAAAGAGGAUCACCAGAUCAGUUUCACUAGCGAGUCAUUUCAAAAUGAGCUAUUUGAUUAUUCCCACCAAGAUAUUGAAGAAUCGAAUGAAAUCUUCUACCAUGAAAAUAGGUUAAGCUCCAGUUUAAAUGCUCGUUUAAUUGGAAUGAUCUCCCUAGUAGGAGUCUUUGGUACGGGAAUUUUUCUUUCAAGCGGAGGUACUUUGGCCACUGCAGGUCCAGUUGGAAUGAUCCUUGCAUAUGUUCUUGUGGGAACAGUGGUGGCUGCCAAUCAGAUUUGUAUGGUGGAAACCUCGUGUUUUUAUCCAGCAACUAGCUCUUACGUUGCACAAUCGGAACAGUUCAUUGACAAGUCACUAGGAUUUGUAUUUGGAAUUUGUAGUACUUACAAUUCCCUUAUACCGGGGGAAUUGACAGCGACAACUGUCAUCAUGACAUAUUGGACAGAUAUUAAUCCAGCAGUGUUUAUUACUAUUUUCGGACUAUUUAUUGUUGCUACAAACAUUUACAAGGUGAGAUGGUAUGGAGAAAUUGAAUUUUUUUUUGGCAUAUUAAAGUUACUCUUAUGUGCUGGAUUGAUUUUGGUUGGGUUGGUCAUUGAUUUGGGCGGUGCUCCAAACCAAAAACGAUUGGGGUUCCAUUAUUGGAAAACACCAGGUCCAUUUGCUGAAAAGUAUGCUUCUGGGUCGUUGGGCAAAUUUUUAGGUUUUUGGAAAGCCGUAAGCUCGGUUGUUUACGCUUUUGGUGGCCUCCAGAACAUUACCAUGUUGGCAGGCGAGACCGAGUACCCAAGAAGAGCAAUUUAUCGUGCCGGUAAAAGAAUCAUGACCAGAGUUCUUUCGAUUUAUAUCAUUAUGGUAUUUAUCCUUUCAAUGAUUGUUCCAUCUAACGAUAAGAUCAUUGCCCACCCUAAUGGAACAGCCUCUGGUUCGCCUUGGGUUAGAGCCGUUAACCUUGCCGGUAUCAAAGUCUUGCCUCACAUAAUCAAUGCAGUCGUGUUAACGUCUGCUUUGAGUGCAGCAAACUUGGGUAUAAUCAAAUCUAGCCGCAACAUCUUUGCCCUAGCUAUCAAAAAGCAACUACCCUCAAUUUUUUUAAAAGUCAACAGACACGGUUUGCCCUAUGUUGCUGUUGCGUUCUCGUGUGCUUUUCUCCCCUUGGGUUACAUGACAGUUAACAAGUCUGCAGCCACAGUUUUCCUGUGGUUUCAAAACAUUGGCUCUUCCGAUCUUUUACUAACAUGGAUCGCUAUUGCAAUAAACCAUAUUGCUAUGUCCCGAGCUAUGAAAGCACAAGGAUAUUCUAGAAAAGAUUUACCUUACACUUUCCCCAUUGGAAAAUACUGUGGUUACUACUCUUUGUUUUUUUCAAUAUUGUUCUUAUUGACCGGCGGAUUCCCUGCUUUUAUUCAUGGUUAUUGGAAUUUCGCUACUUUGUUUAGUGCCUAUUUCGUGAUACCAUUAAGUUUGGGUUUGUUUAUUUUUGCGAAAUUGUUCUUCAAAACAAAGUAUAUCAAGCCCAGCGAAGUUCGUUUGAAACCUUUGUUUUUCGAUGUACAAAAUAGACCAGAGCCACCUUAUGAGAAGCUACACGGCUGGCAAUGGCUUUCAUUGUUGUGGGGGUAA